UGGGACAGAAGCUAUAAAAAGACUAUCAGUGAUUAAUUUAAAAUCCAGCCAGUCAUCAUCUAUCCAUGGAGCAGUUACCACCAACUUUUGUGAAUGGUUUUCACGAUGAAGAAAGUGUCCGAAAGAUGCAAUAUAACCAAUUUGGUCGAACUGGCCUCCAGGUUUCUAAAAUAUCCCUUGGAACCGGUACCUUGAGCAAGUUUUACGGGGAUCUCGAUGCAGCAACCGGCAUAAAGGCAGUCCACCAGGCACUGCGCAAAGGAAUCAACUACGUUGACACGGCUCCGUACUACGGCCAGGGACGCUCCGAGGAGAUUCUUGGCCAAGCGUUGAAGGGUGUGCCACGCCACGCGUACUACGUUGCCACUAAGGUGGGACGCUACGAGCUGGAUUACGAGAAUAUGUUCGAUUACAGUGCCAAAAAGACACGCGAAAGUGUGGAGAAAAGCUUAAAGCUGCUUGGAGUUGAUUAUCUGGAUGUGGUUCAGAUUCACGACGUUGAGUUUGUGGAAGAUCUAAGCGUGAUUUGGAACGAGACCUUGCCCACUCUAGAGAAAUUAAGAGACGAAGGUAAACUCAAAUUCAUCGGAGUGUCCGCGUACCCAAUGGAUGUCCUUAAGAAGGUGAUUGCCGGAGCACCGGGUCGAUUCGAUACCGUUCUAUGUUACUGCAGAAACACGCUGAUCGAUGAUUCGCUUAAAGAAUACAUCCCAUUCUUCGAGGAAAACAAGCUCGCCAUAAUUUGCGCUUCCGGUCACGGUUUGGGCUUGCUAACGAACGCGGGACCCCAGCCAUGGCAUCCGUGCCAAGAUCAGACAAAACUGAUCUGUCGAGAGGCGAGCGAAUACUGCAAACAGCAAGGAGUUGAACUGGGCAAACUGGCCAUGUAUCAUUUUGUUCAACUUGACGGUCCAGCUACGUUCCUGUCCGGAAUGCAAACGGAGCAUCUGGUGAACAUCAAUUUGGAGGCAUUUAUCUGUGGAUUGACCGUGAUUGAGCAGAAUGUCAUGGAGCAUUUGAAAAAUAAUGUAUUCACUAAAAUCACCAACUCAAACUGGGAAGGAGUUGAAGUACAGCGUUAUUGGGAGGCAAUGAAAGCUCUCAAAAAAUGAAUGUCGACAUUGUGA